AUGGGAAUAUCCAAUAUAACAAGACCCUCUGAAUUCAUCCUCUCAGGACUCUCCUCUCACCCUGAGGACCAGAAGCCACUCUUUGCCCUCUUUCUUAUCAUAUACCUGGUCACCUUGAUGGGAAAUUUGCUCAUCAUCUUGGCCGUAUUCUCUGAUCUUCAGCUCCAAAACCCCAUGUAUUUCUUCCUAAGCAUCUUAUCUUCUGCUGAUAUUUGCUAUACAACAGUCAUAGUCCCCAAGAUGCUGGUGAACUCCUUAUCAGAGACAAAGACCAUUUCCUAUGCUGAAUGUCUGGCACACAUGUAUUUCUUCCUGGUCUUUCGAAACACAGACAGUUAUCUCCUGGCAGCUAUGGCCCUUGACUGCUAUGUAGCCAUUUGUAACCCCUUCCACUAUGUCACUAUUAUGAACCACAGACAUUGUGUGUUACUAGUGGCCUUCUCUAUCGCUUUCUCCUUUCUCCACUCCCUCCUACAUGUCCUCCUGGUUAAUCGGCUGACCUUUUGUGCUUCAAAUAUUAUCCAUCAUUUUUUUUGUGAUCUUAACCCAGUUCUGAAUCUAUCCUGCUCUUCAACCUCUGCCAAUGAAGUUGUGGCCAUGACAGAAGGAGUGGCCUUUGUGAUGGCCCCAUUUAUCUGUAUCAUCUCUUAUGUGCGAAUCUUCAUUGCCGUGAUCACCAUCCCCUCAGCUGCUGGAAAACGCAAAGCCUUCUCCACCUGCAGCUCUCAUCUCACUGUGGUAACCCUGUUUUAUGGGAGUAUUAGCUAUGUCUAUUUACAGCCUCUGGCCAGUGAUACCAUCAAGAGCAGGAUAGCAACAAUCAUCUACACUGUAGUGACACCAAUGUUGAACCCAUUUAUCUACAGUCUAAGGAACAAAGACAUGAAACAGGGCUUAGAGAAACUUAUAAGCAGGAUUAAGUCUCAAAUGGAUGGGCUUUCUUCUACAGAAUCUAACAAUAUCUGUGAGUUCUGA